UUGCUUAUAUGGCGGUGUUAUCUUUUUGCCUACAUGUCAGCCACGUCGGAUCUACCUGGAAACAAAAUAAGAAAAAUCCACGUCAUUUCCCUCCGGUUUCUAAUUAAACAGGGAAUAUCCAUGUCAGAUUCUAAUUCCCCCUCACCCGCUUGUCUUUUGCUUUUUUACUAUUUGAGCUUUUUCCCCCCUUCGAUUCUUCAUCUCUCUCACCACCAAAUCCCUAAUUCAAUUCCGCCGCCAUCAAAUUCCAUGUCGACCGUCCAAAUCAACCGCUCCGCCGCCAAUUCCGAUGUCCGAUUUUCGAAGCAAACAACCGCCCUAGCCAAACCCGUGAUCCGAGAAACCCCAAACCCACCCCGAAACCCGAGAAUCCAACCAAAGCUUGUGCGGAUCAUACACGCCGACGCCGACGCAACCGACUCCUCCAGCGACGACAACGAGGACAGCGUCGUGCCGACGGUGAAGCGUCGCGUCAGAGAGAUCAACCUUGAGGUCUCUUCGCCUUCCUCUGCUUCGUCUUCUCCGCCUUGCUCCGGUCGUCCUAAGCUGUCCAAACGAGCCAAGCUGCAACCGAAAUCGGGCCCGGACCGCCGGAAGGGGUUCGUCGGCAUCCGGCAGAGACCAUGGGGCAAGUGGGCUGCGGAGAUUCGAGACCCGAAUCAGGGAAAACGGCUUUGGCUCGGAACCUUCGACACGGCGGAGGAAGCUGCGGCGGCGUACGACAGAGCUUCGCUGAUGCUCAGGGGCCCUCGUGCAGUCACUAACUUUCCUGGAGCUGGGGAGACGGUGGUCGCUGAUGAGGUGGUCGCCGCUGCGGAAGUGGGCCAUGGGGAAGGAGGAGGAGCAGUCGCCGCCGUGGGUGGAGGAGAGGGGGCCGCAGAUUGUCUUUAAUCUUAUUCCCUCCUUUUUAAAAUUAGAAUAAUUAUUAAAAAUAUAAUUCGAAUUUUGUAUUAUAUUGUGCUUCGUACGGCGCCAAACUAAUUUAAUCUUCAUCUUAUCCGAAAA